AUGAUACGUAUAUAUGUGGCAAUUUCCGUACUCUUACCUGUUAUAUAUAUGUUAAGCCCAGGUUUUGGCACGCUGUAUGGCAUCAUCAGGCAUAAAAAAUACCCGGAAGUGAUAAGAUUGACAUUAAAUUCCUCGAAAAACACAACGUACCCUACAUCGAACCGUGACCCAAAGUCGAACAGUGAUCCAACGAACCGUGAUAACUAUGAGUUCUUGUACCAGAAAGUUACGAAAUACGAAGCGGAUGGUUCUUUCUGCGCUCGACGCGAUCUUCACGUUACCUACACCUUAUACAAAGAUGAUCCUUCAAUCAAUGAGGUUGCCAUCAUGGUGACAUACCAGAUCCACUCUCGUGCAUUGACCAUGAGACGUGUUCUGUAUCUUCUUGAUCGCGAGGCCGGAUGGUUAAAAUCGAUUGAUGCGGGUAUUGGGAUCAUAAGUAGGUCCUGGCCUAUCCUGAAUGGAUCGCUCAAUCAGUCCUACAAGAUCAGAAUAGAGGAUCAUUUCGAUGAAAAAUACGUGGUACAAACCAGAAGCCACGGCUACAUCGAAUCAACAGCCCCUUUUAUGAAAUUCCUUAGGGCCGAAUAUUCGGAUGUCUUUCCAGUCCUUGAAACCUAUACUAGUACGAGGAGGUCUAAGCAGGGCCAAUGCAUUCAGAUAUACAAAAUGGUUCCCGGAAUAUUAGGGAGCAUACACUAUCCUAAACUCCCUUUUAAAGAAAAGGUUCGGAUCCUCAAAGCACUUGGAAGAGCCUACGGCGCUAUAUGGGACAUGGAACCCCGACUCGGUAUUCUAACUAUCCUUAUAGUAAUUUUGGCAUGGGUGGUAAUUUUUCAUCGGUUGUUGAGUAUUUGCGAGAAUGGAUACAAAUGA